UAUUGCUACGGCCAUGUUUUAUAUUUUUAUGCGAAACUACUGCUUUCAUAUUAAUUUCAUCGGUGAUUUAACUACUGCUAGUAUUCUCGAAUACACAGGAUUAAAAUUUGAUCAAGUUAAUGCAUAUCUUCAAAACUUGAUGAAAAAUAACAAACACGAAAUAACACAGACUUCCGAAAAUCCUAUGAUAUAUCUUCAUCAACGCAGAUUUUCAAAAUCACUAAGCAACAAAUCCGUAAUAUGGAUCAUCUUACAUCUUCACUUAGAGUUACGCAAAAUAUCCUAUGAAAUAGAUUCAAUAUUUGGAAUACAAAUGACUAUUAAAAUGGCAUGUUAUUUUGGUUGGAUAACAAUUAACUUACGUGAAAUUCUCUACGCAAUUCUGAGCAACAAUUAUGUAAAAUUUAGGAUAAUGUCGAUCAUCAUGCAUUUAUUCUGGUUGUUUCAUAAUGUUUUCAAAUUCCUGCUUAUUAAUUAUAUGUGUGAAAUAGUCACCACCAAGGCAAGUACUACAGCAGAUUUAUUAAACAGAUUGUCAUAUUUUCCUUGUGAUGUUGAAAUUCGUGAAAUCAUUUCACAAUUUUCAUUACAAAUAGUUUAUGCACCACUAAAAUUCUGCGGAAUCGGAUUUUUUCAAUUUGGCUUUAAAUUUCUUCGCAGGUUUGUUACGUCUAUUGCGACUGUUUUAGUUAUAAUAAUACAAGCGCACGCAAAUAAAUAA